AUGGCCGGUCCCCGGGCCGGGCGAGCGGAGGCGGUGUCGGUGCGGCUGCUGCGGCUGGAGGCCCGGCUGGCGCGGGCGGAGCGGCAGCUGCGGGCCGCGCUGGCUCUGCGGGGCCGCCUGCAGGCGCUGGAGCGGCGGCUGGAGAGCGGCGGCGGCGGCGGGGCCCUGGGGAUGGCGGCGAGGGGCGGGCAGACCGGGAGCGGCAGCCGGGAGGCCGGGCGGUGUCGGGAGCCGCUGGUGCCGGUGAACCUGGAGGACGUGUGGAUGCACUUCAGCGAGCGGGAGUGGCGGGCGCUGCGGGGCUGGCAGCGGGCCCUGCACCGCGCCGUCCUGAGGAGCAACCGCCGCGCGCUGCGCGCCCCCGAAGACAGCACCGUCCAUAUUAAGCAAGAAGAAGAGCUGUGCUCUGCAGAUCUGCAGGAGGGGGAGGCUGGAGAAGCUCCUGAAGAGCCCUGCCCGAAGGAAACAUUUUAUGAGCCUGAGGCUCCAAGUCAGGCCAGGAGCAGCCAAGAGGUGGAUCCCAGGGAGCUGCCAGGCACGGAGAGCCAGGACCUCCCAAGAGACCCUGACACAGGAUUCCAGGCUUAUGCAACUGAUGUUUUAUCAUGGAUUAAACAAGAGGAGGAGUCACGCUGCCCGGAGCAGGACUUGGAGAAGGAAGAGAUCUCUGCAGACUCAAGUACAGUGCACGAUGCAAACCCCAAGAGGGACCCUCUAGCAGAUGCCUUUGAAAGCAGGGUGGGUGACUCGGAGCCAGCAGGCAGGCCUGCAGAGAAGUUUUCCAAGGACCCAAGCCCCGGCAUGACGUGGGACGCCCAGUGGAAUCCAGAGAUGAUGGAAACAAGCAGCACGGGGAGCGGCCUGGGGGGUGAGGCUGGGCACGAGCGGGGCUUUGCCGAGCCCUUGGAUUUCUUCAGCGCUCAGGAGAACAGUGUGGGAAAGAGACCCGGUGCCUCCGUCAAGUGUGAGGGACACUCCAGCCAGCAGGAGCAUCUUCACACUGCCCAGCGAGCCCGGGAAGGGGAGGUGUUUCCAGGCCUCAGCUGUGAGAGGAAUCCCAGUGAAAGGCUGUUCCAGCCGCCGCCCGGCGCCCCGGCGGGGCAGGACACGGAGCCGGGAGCUGCUCCCGGGCCCUGCCAGGGGCUGCCACAGCCCGCGGGCCGUGCACACAACCCCGCGGGUGGCUGCAGGCUGCGGGAGCCGGCCGGGGAGGAGCAGCCGUCUGCGGAGAGCGAGGAGAACCUCCCUGUGGAGAAGCCCUUGGGCAGCCCCUGCUGGGACCCGGCGGACAGGGCGCCGGGCUGCGGGCAGAGCCAGCCCCGGGGCAAGUCCUACAUCUGCAGUGACUGCGGGAAAAGCUUCGUUUGCCACUCCUGGCUGGUCAGGCACCAGAUGACACACACGGGAGAGAGGCCCUACAAGUGCUCCGAGUGUGACAAGAGCUACAGGAGGAAGGAUUACCUGCUGAACCACCAGCGGCGGCACUCGGGAGAGGGGCUGUUCCAGUGCCCGCUCUGCAGGAAGAGGUUUGUGCUCAGGAGGAGCUUCCUGAAGCACCAGGAAAGCCACGUGCAGGAAACACCCCUUGGACUGGCGAGUUGGCCCUGCACGGAGAUCCGGGGAUCCAUCAUGCACUCCAUUUAGAGGUUCCCAUCCCUCCCUCCCUCUGGGGUUUGGCAGUGCCCUCGGCUGCCACCCCUGCUGGAGGCAGGAUCCCUCAGCCUUGCUGGGUGGGGGCUGCCCAAGAGCCAUCCUGAGCCCCUCCCAGGCAGAGGGGGAAGGUUGGGGGGUUAUUUUCUGUGUUGAAAUGUUCCGUGGAGCCGUUUCCCAGCUGCUGGGAGGUGUUGGAGCUGGGGCACAGUCUGCAGGGCUCAGAGUUCCUGCCGGCCCUGGAUGCACACCAGGGAGAAGAAACAUGGAACCACUUGUUAACAGUUCAGGCUGGAGAGUGUCUGAAAUGUUCUCCCGAGGCUGGGGGUGGAGUCCAGGGAUGGGGCUGAAAAUGAGUGAGUGAAAGUUAUUAAUGAUCCACUGAACAAGUUUCAGCAAACACCCCCUGGUGUGAAAUGCUUUGGGAAAGGAAGAGUUGAACCUGGUGGAAAAAAGUCCUUUCAGGAAGUGGUAACGGGACAGGGGGAGCAGAGCCCCAGAGGCAGCUGUUGCCACGGUUAAAUCCCAGAGCUGUGGGGGCUCCAAGAGGGGAUUCCUAAAGGCUGGAGUCCUCACCUGGAGCUGGGAGAUCACCAGGAGGCCUGGAAUAUGGUUUUCAUUCUGCAAAGCCUUAAAGUUGUGUUGCACUUGACUCUGCCACGUGGUGAAGUUUUCUCUGCCUGGUCAGUCCUGUGAGAACAGAACAUCGAGAUGCUCCUUAAACACUCACCUUCAGAAACUGGGUCUUUGCUCCUCUUCAGUGUCCCUGGAGGGGUGAGCUCUGCUGAGAGCCUGACGUGACCCUGCAAGGACAAGAUUUGUUCCUUUUGAUAAGAAAAGAGUCUGGGUUGGUCACAGGUCACUGUGGGGUCAAAGGCCUUGAGCCUGGUGGGGAAAAACACAGAAGCAGCAGCACUGGCUGAGCCAGUUCUGGCUCAGGGCUGCUCCCCUGUCAGACAUGGUGACAGAAUCCCAUAACCUGCCUUUUUAUGUGCAUGUUUCUGCCUAAGUUUUCUUCAGAUGCCUUUUUGUUGACUGGAAAUUUAUCUUUCUCUUUUUUUUUUUUUUUUAAUUAAAAUUGUUUGAGAAAUGC